AUGUCGUGUGGGAGGGAGGUGCGCGAGCCUCAGCCGACCUCUGUUUUCCAAGUACAAAACCACUUAUCCUCACUUCAAAUCUCCGAAUUAACACAAAGAGUUGAUGACUUCGUGUCGUGUGUUCGUGACAGGGUUCAAGAACUAGAGGAAGGAUUUUGGUUUCUUUCAAAACCGUGGAAAAAAUGUCGAACGAAAGCGACAUAAUAUAUUGUGAAGAUAGGCAUGUCAUGCAUGAGGAUGAGGAAAAUCUACCCGAACGUGUCUGGCAACGAGAUGGACGAACAGCGAAAGCAGCAAAUGGCCUAUCAAUAUCUCUGCCAUCUGGAAGAGGCAAAACGUAAUUGGAUGGAAGCUUGUCUCGACGACGAACUACCACCUACAACCGAGUUGGAAGAAGCUCUGAGAACGGGGGUUAUUGUAGCAAGACUUGGUAAUUUCUUUGCUCAAGAUGUUGUUCCAAUUAGGAAAAUCUACGAUCGAGAACUGAAGCGAUUUCAGGCGCGGGGUUUACAUUUCAAGCACACCGACAAUUUUAUGUAUUUCGUGCGAGCGAUGGAGAAAGUUGGCCUUCCAAAGGUAAUUUAUCCCGAAACAAUCCAUUUACGACAAGAAGAACAUUUUGUAUCUUUUCAAACUGCUUGGCACCACAGAUGCAAGAUCUGUAUGGCAAAACAUUUUCUAUUUUGUAUUUUUUGUUUAGUGCACGCUGCCAUCAUCGUGAUCAACGAUGCCAUCGACCACGGAGUCGCUCAGGAUACGUUUGCAGCUUUGAAGAAUCCCAAUGCUCAUCUAACUGAUCUUGAUGCCAAGAAUACGGAGGAAUACCAGAGUCAAUUGUACGAGGCAAAAAAAUCCAAGUGUGAGACAUCCCUCCUCAGGUCACCAGGAAGUGAAGAUGUGUAUGAUAAAAUGCUUACACAAGCCGAAGUUCAAGGGAACAUCGCAAUGGCCAAUGAAGUAGUUCGUAAAGAGAACAGGACAAAGCGAGUAAGGAGAUAUUUUCACUUAUUUUUUCUCGAAAUAAAUGCGGCAAUAGACAGCGAAGAUCUUGGCCUCUUGUUGAAAGCGCUGUUGAACGAAAAAGCAAAAUUAACUAAAGUUAUGGCAGAUAAUGGUGACUGGUAUCAACAGACAUUAGUCGAAAAUAAAUCUGAUAAGGGAAGUGAACUGUCACACGGUGAAAUCCAGCAAGGCAUAAACAACGCAAAUAAUGUUGGCGAGCAGUUUAGAAUUCUGGAGACCAUUAUGAAAUCUUUAAACAAAGCCUUGGAAACCGGGAAGGAAGAAUGCCACGGAUUGCUGAUGAAGCCCGAAGCUCUUCUUCCAACCGUGCUCAAUCGUAGCUCUUACCUUUACUACAGCGAAUUGAAGAAGGAGAAGACUAAAAGAAGAGCUUUGAGUGAAAUAUUUGUUUUAAACUGUUUGCGGUCGGGUCACGUGGCAAGUCUCACUCACAGCGAGGUCAUUGAACAUGUCAAAGUGUUGACGGCUGUGGCGAGUAUCAACCAGGCUAUCGAACAAGGCAAUGCCGCUCACUUGCUUGGUUGUCUGAAACACGAGUCGGCGGGUCUUGAAAACCUCGAAGACGACGCCGUGAAUCGAUAUUUGGAACAGUUGGUGGCUGUGAAGAAAGAAAAGGCCCAGGAUUGCGGUCAAGGGAAGGACGACUUGAACCAAGUGGAAGUUCAGUUGUGCAUCGAUUAUGUCAAUACGGAGAUUGCCGAGGAACAUGCAUUAAUCGCGGCUGUGCAGACCGUCAACAACACGCUCGAGGAAGAGGAUCCCGACGCCACGUUGAAGUCUCUUCAACAAGAGCCCGCGAAAGUGACUAACGUACACCCCGAAAAUGCGAUCUUGUAUCAUACAUGGCUCCUUGCCGAGAAAGAGGACAAAAAGAGGAAAACCAACGAUCCGUCGGCCGAACUGUGGCACGACGAAAUUCAGAGAGUCAUUGAUAGAUGUAACCUAUACGCCUCAGAGGCUCACAAACUUGUUGCUGGUGUCGCUGAAAUCAACGCGUCACUCGAGACUGGAAACGACCAGAGCACCAUGGAGGCCCUCGAGAAUGCUGACGUAGCACUACGUGGGGUGACACGUGAAUGCCAGGCUGCGUAUCAUGCAAGCUUGAAGGAAGCGAAGGCGGCCAAGGGCAAUGAGGAUGGUCCGUGGUUGAAACAAAAAAUCUCUCAAGGUUUUCUGUUGUUUUAUAACACGAAGACGAAACAAUCGAGCUGGGUAGAACCCGAUGACUUCACUGAUAAUGCUGGACUGCUAACAAAAGAAGAAAUUCAAGAGAUCGUUUCAAACGAGACUUCGAAACACGGCAGGCAAGUUUACCUGCAAGCAAACGAACAAUCAAUCGUGAGGCUUCAAGCGCAUUGGAGAGGAUAUUUGGCAAGAAAGGCGUUCAAUGAAAGGAAACAGUUUAUGACCAAACAACUGCCUGCCAUUAUUAAAAUUCAAGCGAAUCUAAAAAGAUGGAUUCAACAUAAGAAAUACCGUGAAAGAUUGGCAGUUCUUCAUAACAACGAUGCUGCCAUUAUCAAAAUUCAAGCGUGGAUCAGGAUGUGCUUGGCUCGCCGCAAAUAUUUAAAACGAAAACAAUUCUACAAGGACAACUUGCCAUCAAUUAUAAAGAUACAGGCAUUUAUGAGAUCCAACCUCGUAAAACAUGAUUAUCGAGCCUUGUUGAGCUCGCAAGAUCCGUCUAUAAAGAUUGUACGCAAAUUUCUUCAUCUCUUGGAUCAGAGCGACAUCGAUUUUGAAGAAGAAUUAGAGCUUCAGAAACUGAAGGCGCAGGUUGUCACGGAAAUUCGCUCCAAUCAGCAACUGGAACAAGAUUUGCACAGCAUGGACAUUAAGAUUGGCUUGCUCGUGCGAAAUAAGAUUACUCUUCAGGAUGUCGUUAUUCACAACAAGAAAUUAAGGAAGGACCAAGAUGUGGAUGGUCUUGGAAGCAAAACGAAAGGCAUCCGAUCCUUAAGUAAAGAAAGCCAAGAGAAACUUGAAGCGUAUCAGAAUCUUUUCUAUCUCCUGCAAACCAACCCGGUGUAUCUAGCAAAACUGAUCUUUGAAAUGCCACAGAGUCGAUCGACGAACUUCAUGGAAUCCGUCAUCCUUACUUUAUACAAUUAUGCUUCGAAUAACCGCGAGGAAUACUUACUGUUGAAGUUGUUCGAGACCGCUCUAAGAGAGGAGAUCUUUUCAAAGAUUGACAGUAUUCAAGAAAUUGUAACCGGUAAUCCUACCGUUAUCAGAAUGGUCGUCGGUUUUAACAGAGGUGCACGGAAUCAAGGCUCGCUCAGAGAGCUUCUUCAACCAUUAGUCCAGGGAGUUCUUGACGAUACAACUCUUAGCACGUCCACUAAUCCUGUGGAGAUCUACAAGAACUGGAUCAACCAACAGGAGUCGGAAACUGGUCUACCAGCCAAGCUUCCUUACGAUGUGGACCCUGAGAAAGCAUUGGAACACCCCGAGGUUCAAAGCAAAGUUGAUGCGGCCAUCAGUAGACUGACGGCAGCAACUGACAGAUUUUUAGAAAGCAUCACUUCGAGUGUGAACAAAAUACCUUAUGGUAUCCGCUAUCUUGCCAUGACCUUGAGGACUUGCUUAGCGGAGAAAUUCCCUAAUGCUGGAAAUGAUGAUAUACUUCGUGUUGUUGGUAACUUUAUCUACUAUCGUUACAUGAAUCCGGCGAUUGUGGCCCCCGAUGCUUUUGACAUUGUCGAUGUGUCUAUUGAAAAAGGUCUAACUGUCGAACAGAGAAGAAAUCUUGGCUCCAUAUCGAAGUUGCUUCAAGACGCUGCUUCGAACAAGAAGUUUGGCGGAGAAAGUUCCCAUUUGAGCGACUUGAACCCGUACUUGGAGAAGGCGCAUCAACGUUUCUUGAAAUUCUUCAUGGAAGCGGCGAAUGUCGAGAAACCCGAAAACAAAUUCAACAUUGACGAGUACAGUGAUGUCGUGAUGUUAACGAAGCCGGUCAUUUACAUAUCGAUAAAGGAAAUCUGCGAUACACAUAAGUUACUACUUGAACAUCGGAACGCGAUCGCAACCGAGAGUAAUGAUCCGCUGCAAGAAUUGUUAGACGACGUGGGUGAUCAUGCUGACGUUAAGGAACUAUUAGGUGAGGUUGUCGUUGCCGAAGGACAGACGGAAGAAGAUGUGCUGCGUGAACAAGAGAAAACGGAGAUAUCUCUGACUUUAUCCAAUAAAUUUGAAGUUCCCGAUGACGACGACUCGGAUCUUCGUGCACUUUUCGUGAGGACGAAACAUCUCAUCAUUGACGUAAUUCGUGUCCAGUCCGGUGACACGUUGACGGAGAUCUUGGAAACUCCCGCCACAGAAGAGCAGGAAAAGGAGCACAUGUCUUUCUUGAAGCAGAAAGAAAUACAGGACUCGAGGAAAGAAAAUAAAUUGAAGAGAAAUGCUUCGAUUCACAGCGAUUCCAAUUUGCCCAUUGAAGACAUCAAGCGUAAGAUAAUCCGAAAUCUUCGAGUUCUUGAGAACCAGGAAAUCGUAACGACGAAAAAUAAUUACCAAGAUAUUGUUAAUGUCAUAGCCAGGGAUGUACGUAACCAAAGACGAUACCGCGUCCGACGUAAGCAAGAACUUAGGAAACUGGAAACGACUUUGGAGCGUUUGAAAACGAAGGCAAUCUUCUACGAGGAGCAAAUGGAUUAUUACAACAGAUAUAUUGAAACUUGCUUAGAUAAUCUUGCCGGGAAGGAAUCAAUAGGGCAAAGCAAAGAGAAGAAGAAACAGGAUGGAUUUAAAACAGCUGUUAAGUACAGCGCCCAAAAGUUAGCCGAAAAAGGAGUUGUGUUGGAAAUUGAAGGUUUACCGAAAAGCCAGUUGAAAAAUGCUUCGUUUGAAAUUGUGCCCGCUGACUCAGGUGUGUUUUUGGUCUCCGCGAAAUUCAUGGGAAUUUCUAUGGAAAAAGUUGAAAUAGUAUUUCAGGACUUACUCCAACUUCAGUUCGAAGGCGUUGCGGUCAUGAAGAUGUUUGGUAAAGCCAAAGUGAACGUGAAUCUUCUCAUUCACUUGUUGAACAAAAAGUUUUAUGGUAAAACAUAAAACGAUCGUGUGCGAUAGGAAAUUUUUCAUGUAGGUUAGAAAAAUUAUGUGAUGAACAUGAAACGUGCAGUAACGUACGAAAUCUGUUGUUUAAGAAGCUACUUCCACGAUCGGAAGUUCUUUCUGGGAAAUUUGGGAAUAUUGGGAAUAUUAUUCUGUUGUCUAUGUAGAGUGGCCUACCAUGAAAUGGGGACCUAAUGCGUUGGUUCACUUUCCUUAGGCAUAGAAAAGUUUUUUCUUAACUGUAGAAGCAAUUUGGCGACAAGCACUCACUACAGAAAUUUCCGAAAUUGAAAGAAUUUCCGAUCGACUUCGAGUGUCUCCGAUUAAAUUCCGACUUUUUUUCUACUUGCCAUCUCAUUAAUGGAAAUUUUUUUUGGCCUCGUGUUUUUGCCGACUGGAAGACUCCAAGUAUCGUUAAGACAUGAAUGAAAUCAUAUUGUAGGGAGGAUUCUAAUUUUAUACUAAGUAUUCGAAUCUAUCCGACGUUGAUACCAAAUAUUUUCACAUUAUAUCAUGUUGUACGUACAGAA